CUCAGGCCAGACUAACCUGCUAGACUGCUUGUUAAAUUACUUAUGUAAUAUAUUUUCUACAAAUUAUUGUUUUUAGAAAUUUGAGACUAUUGUUUUAGCUUUUCAGUUGUUUAUUUUUCAUGUAUGAAAAAACUUUUUCCAGUCAAGUGUUGUUGAUUGAGAACCUAUGAGCUAUGGAUAACCAGGAUGGAGGCAGAAAAACAUUUCUAGAAGUUUCAGGCGAUGGCAGUCGAGAAACUGUUUUAAAAUCCUUCUUGGAAAAAAAUUCUUUAAUCAAGCCCAAAGAAAAGCCAAGAAUAUGUCGGGUGGAAAAAAGUCCUCUCCUUGCACAGCUACAAAGCUUCAUCCCAGCCUUGGCAGAAUCAAACAACAAAUUGGAGAAAAUGUCAAAGAAUGACCUAGAAAAACUGAACAUGGAAAAUGUGGAGGAUAAUGAAGAUAGUGUCAUUAACUUGUCUGUUGUGCAGGCAGAUGACAUGCAAGACAGUCCAGUAUUUCAGGCACUGAAUCUCUCACAACAGCUUAAACCUGAGGAUUUCCUCAAGGCUUUUGAAUGUGAUUCUUCAGAUGACACCAGCGAUGAGAGUGACUUGAGUGAUUCUGAUGAGCAGAUUGUGGAGACAACUUCUAAAAAAAUAUUAUGAUAGUUUUUGUAUGUGAUAUCUUAUGAGAAUAUUAAACACUAAUUUGUUUCUAUGGAACUUCUAUUAUUUGAUAGUUCUUGUCCUUUCUGAUGUAUAUACAUUAGUAUAGUGAAUAGUUCCAUUAUGAGGAUGAUAUUUAGAAUGAGGGCAUGGUCGGUGUAAUUGGCUGUUAUAAAUAAUUGUGUAUUAAUGUCACCAACUCGUUUUAAUUGAUACUUAUUGGCAUCAAUAUGUGGAUUUGCUAAAUGAGGAUUUUAACCUGUGUAAUUCUCCUACUGUAAAUAAGGUUCAUCAAAGUUGGCUGGAAAUUUUUAUUCUCGACUCCAUAUUGCCAUUACUUGUAACAAAUUUCAUAAUUUGCUGGUAGCAAGCGUAAAGGUUUGUCAUAUAAUCUCGCUUGUUAAUUACAUUGCUGAUCUAUGAAACGCACUGAUUCCAUUUAUGGAAUUACAUUAUUCUAAUCCAUCAUUUAAUUCGUACCAAUUCCAUUUAUGGGAUUACUGAUUCCAUGUAUGGAAUCAGCACUCCACUAAGUCUAAUGACUAUUGAUCGUAAACUUUUAAGAAGCACAAAGAAUUAUCUGAAGUCUUUAAUAAUGCUUCUUAUUUGAUUUAGUUUUUCAUUGCGCUGAAUAUUUGAUACAUUUUUUGUAUUUGAAUCGUCUUGAGAAGGUUGAAGGUGAAGGCGUGAUCUGAUGAGUAUUUCACCUGAAGCAUAAACUCUCGGUAAGUCGGAAUUUAUGUCAAGUGUUACCGAAAAAAUAUUUUCAAAGGGUUCAACACUGGUAAACUAAGUACGAUGAGGAAGUCUUAUUUUUUUGUGGUGCCCGUUCUGUUUGAAGACAUGGAACAACUGGAAGUAAUGAUUGCUAACAAAUGAAAUCCAUUGCUAACGAUGUCCGAGGUUCAAUAGGUCUAUAAUUAACAUUCCAUGGGAAAACGGUUUAACGUUUUAUACUUUGUAUGCCUUACAGCCGCACGCAUGACAAAUGAAACGUGGGCCCUUGAACGGGUUCGUUGAAUGGGUUUUGCAACACAUUUAAGGCACCUCGAAAGAGAGUCCCGAUUUAUUUACAAAUUAUCCUGAUGACAAAAACUAAGAAAACGCACGAUUGAUAAAAUAAUUGAUAAUUGACACUUGACAGUCCCAAAACAUCUGUUUAGCAUAUUUUGCUUCCAAAAUGAUGAUUAUUGUCGUUGAUUUUUUCAAUGAACGGAAACUUAUUCAUUUUCGUGUGCUGUUAACAAGAUUUCAGCUUGCUCAAAAUUCUCCUGCUCUCUAAGUUAACCCAGUCAAAUAAGUACAGGUAUUACACGACCUUCUAUUAUUAAUCGUAACAUACGUUGAAACUUCUACAGUUUGGUUACUCUCUUCGUCAGGCUUACAAUGCUAUAUGACAAAUAAUUCUAAUACACACUGCCCCAAAUGCUCUAAGGUCUUCAUGGGCAUUUUUGUUUCGAUAGUUCUGUUCCAAUUGCACUUGUUACUGGGUCAUUAAGACCUCCUUUGUUAGUAAAAACUCUCGUGUUUCAUCAUCCCCUGCUGCAAUACUUCCAUUUGUUUAUUUGAGACGAGAGAUAAGAAGCGAGUUUCGUGUUAAUAUUGCUAUCGUCAUCUGUUCAUUGAAUGAAAAUAAAGGACUGCCAUGAAUUGCAAAUUCGUAUCUGCUGUGUUUUGGAGGUGAACGAUCGUCUUGGCUCAUCAAUAUUACUCUAGAGACAAGCCUUUGCAUUCAUCAGACAACAUAAAUGUCUCAUUACGUCAGUGAGUUUCAUCCUCAUUUUCAAUUCAUGACAAAAUCAUUAACCAGUUAAUCAGAUACGAACAUUCGGGAUUCACCGCUAUAAUGCAAAACUGUGAGCUUUUAAUUGCGAAUGGUACGGCAGGCUACUUAGACGCGGUAAUCCAGCUUCCUCGCCCUCCCUUUCGUCUGCAUAAUCGGUCACUGGACGAAUAAAUGAAUCUUUGCUUAGCCCAGGAGAACAGUUAGGAAGCAAGUGAAAGUUCAUUGUGUAGUUGAUGUCGCUGGCCCCUCUUUGAAAUCUUCCAAACGUUCAAAAUAUUUGGGGGUAGUGUUACAAUCGUAGUUCAACGUUUUUUGCAAAUUUAUUUUGUGUUUUUGUUAAGCAUCAUGAGUGCAAAUUAAAAUGGUUAAAAAUUCCAGAUUUUUCUAUUAAUUGUAUAGUGCAAAUUGCUGUACAAAAAUAAGGCCCAUGUAGUGCGUAUGAUUUGUUCACUAUUGAGCGAUGUGUGGCUGAAACCUGGCUGACAUUCCAGCCGCAUGGCUGAUCUUUUGUCAAUAGUUGUUUGCCGCGAGACGUGCUCACGGAGGCUUGCUGCAGCAUUAGCAGGGCUCUGAGAUGAUGGUAGCUGCUCUCUGUCUAGCAUCGUGAGCUCUUUAUGGUCACACUCAUGAAGAACAAACUGAAUUAAUAAAGGAAUAUUAUAUUUAAGACUAAAUUUUUUUCAGUCGAAUCUUUUCAUCAGCAGCGAGUCGAGUUCUGCACAGCAUGGUGUGGGUAGCGUGCCUACCCUUGAAUUUUAUAGAUGAAUUUUUGUAAGAUUUCAAUUCUUUCCCUAUAGAUUAUCAGA